GCCCUGUAGUCGGUACUUGCCAGAACCUAGAUUUAAUUUCAUUCCUUAUGGUUGAAAAGUUUCUUGUCCGUCAACUCACAGAUCCUGAUCAGCUCUUCCAAAAUCUCUUAAUAGAAGAAGCCAUGGGAACCUGUCACAACCAGCAUUUGCUGUUCCUCUUUAUCCUAGGAGCCCCAACCUUGAUCUCGGCACAAAAAUUGCCUUGUCAAAGGAGUACAUUCAUGGGUUUAGAAAGCGAUCCAAUGUAUACAUUUAACUGGACCACAGACAAUGUUGAGAUUUGUGACAAUGGGGCAUUGUGCCAGGAAACUGUGCUAAUAAUCAGAUCAGGAAGGACCGAGACAGCAAUUUUGGCCACUAAGGGCUGCAGUUCAGAGGGGACACCAGCAAUAACGUUUAUCCAGCACUCUCCACCCCCUGGCAUAGUCACAAUCUCCUACAAUAACUACUGUGAUGAUCCCCUUUGCAACAACAGAGAGAAUUUGUAUGAGAUAUGGCCUGAAGCGGAGUAUGAAGCUCCCAGAGAGCCAGCAACCCUCCACUGCCCAACCUGUGUGGCUUUGGGGAACUGUUUGAGUGCUCCUUCUCUUCCUUGUCCCAAUGAUACAAAUCGAUGCUAUCAAGGAAAACUUCAGGUCACUGGAGGAGGCAUCAACUCACCUUUGGAGAUCAAAGGCUGUACAGCCAUAACUGGUUGCAGGAUAAUGUCUGGGAUCUUUACAAUAGGACCCCUGUGGGUGAAGGAAACUUGUCCAUUCAAGUCUCUCACUCCCCGAAAAGUCCAAAGUGGUGCCAUGUGGCUUCCCACUUCAUAUUGGAGUUUAGAGCUACCGCUGCUGCUGUUACUGCCCCUGCUUGUCCAUUGAGGAGUGGUUUCUGGUCCCAGUUUUACUGGACACUUCUUUUGACUGGCCAACAGCAGAUUGAGGAGCAGGUGGAGAUUUGAAGAACCAAGAGUUCUUGUGGCUUGUAUUUGACAUUUUGAAUAAAGCUUCUGCUGUGAUUUGUAUAUCGCUCAAGACUAGAAGUGGCAUUAUUGUGCUAAAGGGCCCUUAAUAUUCAUCUUCACCCACAUAUUUUGCAGAAAGGGAAUCAGAGAUUCUUGAAAACUUGAGUGAAUUUCUCACACUUACACAGCUAUGGGCAUAGUAAGGACCAGAAUUUUGAUAUUCUGACCUAAAGUUUGGUUUUCCAUUCCCUCUAAUAGGCUUCCUUCUCUUGCUGGUUGGACAAGAGACUAACAUUAUCCUCCCCUAGAACACUCUUAACCCAAUCAUAAGGCCAGAGUCAUCUGCUUUGGGGUUUAAUAUUUCCCCGGAGGUGUGGCAGAAUGAGAAAAAUCAGACCCUAAGUUUUUCAACUGUAAUGAAUUUAGAGUCCUAUUGUAAUGAGUAAAGAAUUUAGGGUCCCAUCUUCCCCUGUCCUGUUUGUCCCUUGCCCACUUUACAUCAUUCCUUCCCAUCUCUGUUGCCUACUUAAUGCCUCUUUAGUGAACAGAGGGAACUUAGGAGGGAUCUGGGGCUCAGUAAAGUCUGAUGAAUGUCAGCCUAGAACUAUUGGGUGGGGAGAUUUUUUUUUUCUUUG